AUGGCGAGUUGGGAGGGUGGGUGGUGGAUGGAGGCCGCUGAUGAGGCUUCAAACUGGGUGUCAAAUGAAGCUCUUGAUGUGGGAUGCGCGCCGGGCUAUCAUUGGGCCAGUGGACGGGUCAGCGGAGACAGGCGCAUGGGGAAUCUGCCUCCAUCACAGCGCUCCAUCAAAGUCCCGUCGCGGAUCAAGAGCGUCCCGCCGGGAGGAGUGUGA